AGUAGUUAAAAAUAUCUCAGCCGACUCGGCUGAGCCGACUGUCAGUUACCCAACAGUUCUGUACAAGUGUAGUCUUCAAUCAUGGCGUUAAAAAAAGACUUAAAACAGCUCGUGAAGCCGUACUAUUUAAUAAAUAUAAUAAUGAGUUUAUCGUACGUCGUCCUGAAACACAUACCGGGCGUGUGCAACUACAUAUUCAAGACGGACGUGUGCGAAUUCGACGGUAGAGAAACGGAAAUCCUGUUCUUUCUCGCCAUCGUCGUCAUGAUUAGGUCACGGAAGUCUGGAAGCGUGACCAUGAUUAAUUACUUGUCCGCCAGUUUUAUAUACACCAAAAUCGCCAAUUGUAUUUUGUGGUAUCAUGCUGACGUUAUCAUGGGGGCUGUUUACACCGUCAUUUUCCUCAUUGCUGCUAUUUUGUUCCCCGAGCCAACCUACGAUGGGCCAACCAAUGUAGUUUACUUCAGAAGUUGCAAACACAUGGAGGAUGAAUUAGAGAAAGACAAAAAGGUUGUGUGGUUGGUGGCGUUCCACACGGUCUGGAACCCCCUGUGCAUUAAUUUAGCCCCAGUUUUCGCUGAAUUGAGCGUCAAAUACGACCUGGAGAAUCUAAAAUUCGGUAAAAUCGACUUGGGGCGCUAUCCCGAGGCAAGUCAGAGGUUUAAAGUGAGCGACAGUGCUUUAAGCAAACAGUUGCCCACCAUAAUAUUGUUCAGAGAAGGAAAAGAAAUUAGCAGAAGACCUACUUUCGAUGUUAAAGGGAAGUUAAUUAAGUUUUUGUUCUCAGAGCAAAACAUUAUUAAUGCUUUUGACAUGAACAAUUUGUAUGAAGGGUGCAAGAAGGAAUUGAGAAUGGCUAACAAGCCCAACAGGCAUCACAAGAGCAAACGGGAGUAAAUAUUAGAUAGGUAUAUUUUUGUUGUGUUGUUAAAAAAUGUUUAUUUAUAUAAUUUAUGAAGAUACUCAUUCAUAUUUGGGUUAUAUUGACCUGCCAUAUAAUUUAUGUAAUUUGUGUGUGUUUCUAUUAAUUUUAUUAUUACUAAGUGUAUUAAAUAACUGUUUUUAUAAAACAAGUUGAUCUUAUUGGUUUUACAAUUGUAUGUAGAUUAAAGGAAAGAGCCAAAUACAAACUGCUUCGUUGAAAAAUG